AUGGCCGACACGAAGGAUAUCUCAACCAGAACGAACUCCUUGUCUGGCGGCGGUGGAGCCAGCAAAGACGGCUUGACGUUUGCUCGACGUGGGGAGCAAAUCGACGAAUCGAUCAGCGGAGAUGUUUCUGGCUUUGAUGCCGAGAGAAUGAGAGCCAGGUCUCUGCUCACAGCUGAUGAGGAGAAGAAGCUCAUGCGACGUGUCGACCUGAGGAUAAUGACAAUAUGCUCUCUGCUCUUCCUGAUGAAGAACAUCGACUCUGACAAUAUUUCGAAUGCGAGAAUCAUGAACAAAGGAACACCAAGGAACAUCAUGACGCAGCUCAAUAUGACUUCUGACGAAUACAACCUUUUGACGGUGUUAUACUACGUACCCUACAUUGUUCUGGAAGCGCCUUCAAAUCUUUUGUUAAAGCGACUCAGACCGAGUGCUUGGCAAUCGAGAAUAAUGAUCUCCUGGGGCAUUGCGCUUCUCUGCCACGUUCCUGUCACCAACAAAGGCGGUAUCUACGCUACCCGAUUUCUGCUCGGUGCAUUCGAAGCAGGAAUGUUUCCUGGAGUCAUACUUCAGAUGACCUAUUGGUACAGACCGGACGAGAUGUCGAUUCGGCUGCUUUACUUUUAUGUCCUCGGUAAUCUCUCCGGAAUCUUCAGCGGUAUUCUCGCGUUUGCCUUCGAUACUGUCUCCGGAUCAAGAGGGUUGUCAGGGUGGCAGUGGCUAUUCCUCGUGGAAGGGCUCAUUACUCUCGUUUUAGGGACUGCGGUUUAUUUUCUCCUGCCUGACUUCCCUCCUACUGCGAAGUGGCUGACUGAAAAGGAGAAAGCCUUUAUCCAAGCACGGCUUCCACCCAAUGCCCCAAGAGCUGAAGAGAUGAACUUCAAUUUCAGCGAAAUUGUGGACUCUCUGAAAGAUCGACGUCUUUGGCUCUUCACUCUCAUUUGGGCCACAUUUACUGUCGGUACAUCUGGUGUCCGUUUCUAUCAGCCAACGGUCAUUGCCAAUCUUGGGUUUACAACCAUAGCCCGAGCUCAGUUACUCAACUUGCCAAUCUCGCUCUUGUCCAUCUUUGUCAUCGGAGUAACGGGAUUUUUUGCUGACAAAGGAACCGUGCCGCGGCCACUCUACCCCUUGGGCGUUUUCGCUGUCGUGAUCGCGUGUUACGGAGUGUUGGUCGCCUACCCGUCCAAUGGCGCCGUCUAUGCCGCAACGCUCGUCGGCAACGCUUUUACGUCCGCCUUCUUCCCUCUCAUGUGGCCUUGGCGCGUCCAGACCACUUCACGAGCUACAGGUUCGGCCUUCAGCAUCGGGUUUAUCAACAGCUGUUAG